AUGGCCGACGACAAGAAGAGAGAUCAUACCAUUGAACUCGGCGACAGACAACCCACCGGCACAUUCGAAGCUGCUCUCAAGCCCUCACCGCCCGCCAUGGCUGCUUCCAACGGCGUCAACCUCAAUAACCCUGUGCUGUCCAUAUUCGCAUACUGCGGCAGCAGUAUCCUCAUGACCGUAUCGAAUAAGUACUGUGUGAAUGGGACAGGAUGGAAUCUGAGUUUCUUUCUCGUGGCCGUGCAGGUUGGCGACACCAUACAUACUCCAUUCGCAUGCGUGCGUAAGGCUGACCGCGGCACAGGCGAUCGUGUGUAUAAUAGCCAUCUCGACCUCCAAAGCGAUGGGCGUCAUCACAUACCGAGACUUCAACGUCGACGAAGCGCGAAAGUGGUUUCCGAUCUCGAUGCUCCUCAUCGGCAUGCUGUAUACCUCGAUCAAGGCGCUGCAGUUCCUCAGCAUUCCUGUCUACACCAUCUUCAAGAACUUGACCAUCAUUCUGAUCGCAUACGGGGAGGUUCUAUGGUUUGGUGGAACUGUCUCUCCGAUGGCGCUCCUGAGUUUCGGACUCAUGGUGGUGAGCAGUAUCAUUGCAGCCUGGGCGGAUAUUACCCACGCACUUGCGGCGCACUCUGGUGACGCGAUUACUGGCGAGGCCGCAGAGAAGAUCGCUACCUUGAACUCAGGCUACAUCUGGAUGGCACUCAACUGCUUCUGCUCGGCCGGUUACGUCUUGGGCAUGCGCAAGCGGAUAAAGCUGACCAAUUUCAAGGAUUUUGACAGUGAGUUUAGCCGGACCGGUGUGCUUGAGACGAGAUCACUAAUGUUACGCAGCCAUGUACUACAACAACCUCCUUUCCAUCCCAGUCCUCCUUAUCUGCUCUCUGCUCCUUGAAGACUGGUCCGCUGCGAACCUUGCAGUCAACUUCCCUCCUGGACGGCAGCAGUGGAUGAUCGCGGCAAUGAUCUUUACGGGUCUCAGCAGCAUCCUCAUCUCCUACACCAGCGCCUGGUGUGUACGUGUCACAUCCUCCACGACCUACUCCAUGGUUGGUGCACUCAACAAGCUCCCGAUUGCUAUCAGCGGUCUCGUUUUCUUCGAUGCGCCCGUCACCUUCGCCUCCGUCUCUGCCAUCUUCGUUGGAUUCGUGUCAGGAGUUGUAUACGCCGGAGCGAAGGUUUGGCAAGGAAAGGACAAGAGCAAGGAGACCGUACUUCCCACAAGCGCGAGUUCGCAGAGCAUGAGAGAUUCUCUGAAGUCAUAG